ACUUCGUGCGCGAGGCUCCCGGCACCGAGGGGAGAGAGAGAGAGAGAGAGAGAGAGAGAGAGAGAGAGAGAGAGAGAGAGAGAGAGAGAGAGAGAGAGAGAGAGAGAGAGAGAGAGAGAGAGACCGGGAGACCGGAGAGGCGCGCGCGCUCAUGUGGAUCAAUUAACGGAGCAGCUUGGCGGGAUGCGCGCGACGAGCGGGACUGUUCGACGGGACGAGGCUGAGAGCUCCUAACCUUGGUCGUCGUAACGUGGAGUCAUCUGGACACACCGAGAACUCCGCCCCGCUGCCAGCAUGCCCAUCAUCAGCAACGCCAACCACGACUUCAGCACCUACUCCGUCAGCAGCGAUGACAGCAGCCUCGACCGCUUCUUCACCGAGAUCCCCGAGACCGAGACCCUCAAGGGCGUCUACUUCCAGCGCGCCCGGCUGCUCCGGGACCCCAGGGCCUCGUACGUGGUGGACCACACCCUGCAGGUCCUCGUCAACGUUGGGGGCAACCGCUACGCCUUCCCGUGGAGCACGCUGGAGCGGUUCCCCCAGAGCCGGCUGGGCCGCCUGCGCUCCUGCACCACGCCCGAGGAGAUCGCCCGGCUCUGCGAUGACUACGACGAGGCGCGGCGGGAGUACUUCUUCGACCGGAACCCCACCGCCUUCAGGGUUAUCCUCAACUUCCUGGCGGCGGGAAAGCUGCGCCUGCUGCGGGAGCUGUGCGCCGUGUCGCUGCACGACGAGCUGGACUACUGGGGCGUGGACCCGGCUCACAUGGAGCGCUGCUGCCGCCGCCGCAUGGUCACCCGCGUGGAGGAGGUGGCAGAGAGGGAGCGCAAGGAGGAAGAGUGGCGGCAGAAGAGGAUGACGGCGAAGAGGAGCAGCGCGCAGGCGGACGCAGGCCGCCGCCGACUGGUGUGGAGGCUGAGGGAGGUGAUGGAGAACCCGCACUCCGGCCUGGCCGGGAAGGCCUUCGCCUGCCUCUCCAUCGUCAUGGUGAUGGUCACCGUCAUCAGCCUGUGCAUCAGCACCAUGCCUGACCUGCGCGCCGAGGAGAAGAGGGGGGAGUGCUCUCCGAAGUGCCACAGCAUGUUCGUGGUGGAGUCCAUCUGCGUGGCCUGGUUCACCUUCGAGUUUGUGCUGCGCUUCGUCAACGCCCAGAGCAAGCUGGCCUUCGCCCGCGGCCCGCUCAACGUCAUCGACGCCGUCGCCAUCCUGCCGUACUACGUGUCCCUGGCGGUGGACGUCCGGGAAGAGACGCGGGAGGACGCCACGGCGGUGGGCGCCGGCGCCGGCCGGGGCUACCUGGACAAGCUGAGCCUGAUCCUGCGGCUGCUGCGCGCGCUGCGGAUCCUGUACGUGAUGCGGCUGGCUCGCCACUCGCUGGGCCUGCAGACGCUGGGGCUCACCAUGCAGCGCAGCAUGCGCGAGUUCGGCCUGCUGCUGCUCUUCGUCGCCGUCGCCGUCGCCCUCUUCUCGCCGCUGGUCCACCUGGCCGAGAGCGAGCUGGCACCGCUCGCCGCCGCGCACCCGCACCACGGCUUCAGCAGCAUCCCCGCCUCCUAUUGGUGGGCCAUCAUCUCCAUGACGACGGUGGGCUACGGCGACAUGGUGCCGCGCAGCGUCCCCGGCCAGGUGGUGGCGCUGACCAGCAUCCUGAGCGGCAUCCUCAUCAUGGCGUUCCCCGCCACCUCCAUCUUCCACACCUUCUCGCGCUCGUACCAGGAGCUGAAGCAGGAGUACCAGCGGCUGUGGAAGGAGGAGGGAGGGGGAAGUGCUGUUCUGCCAACACAGCUCACGGCCGCACACCAUGAGGCGUGCCGCACUUGA